AUGUUUUGUCUCAGAAGUUGGCUUCCGCUCCUCUUCAUACCCACGAAUGCUUCCCCGAUAUUCAUCUUCCUCUUCUUCCUCUGCACAUACUUCCUGAACCGGCCAUGUGUCUACUGCUCGUUCCUCCUGCUCAUCCUCUUCGCCUCUUCCUGCCACUGGUCUGAUCACUGCUUCUUCGACUUCAGCAGCAACUGGUUUGAGCCCAGGCAGUCACACUCCACCGAGCUGGCGAACUCCACCCUCUCGAAUCCCACCCUGGAUCAGCUCUCGAUAUAUGUCGGAGCAUUCAAUAAUACUGCAGCCGCGCUGGCUGGGACUGCGCUGGAGGAAGCGAAGCGCCGGCUCGCGAUGCGUACCGAGUGGACCGGUAUCGGGGUGGAAUGGUUGAGGAGUCUUCUGGGCCGGAGGGAAUGGAGAGUACCAUGCGUGGAUGUAUACAUAAGGCUGUGA